AUGGUGUUCAAGUUCAGCCAAGUUUGUCAACUACUUGAGAACAUGGAAAAAGUCGCACAGCACGAACCUCAACUCCCGAGAUACCGUGCAGAUCAGACAAGGAGAACGACCAUAGUCGAAUGGUUUGCCAAGCAUCGAAGUACUCUCAUGGAGCCUACUAUCAAUGGACCCGCCAUUCUCUCAAUUCUCUUUCCGGAACGCCGUAAAGACAUGGUGUAUGGAAUGCAAGAGGUGAGACUUGCUACAAAAGUUUCGACCUUGAUGAGAUUUCGAGCACCCCAAAUUACCCAGCUUUACAAAUACAGCGAAUGGGGAAAUGGUGAUAUGCCCGCAUGUGCACAAAAUGCGACAAAGGAGUGGGACGGCUCUCUAGUAGGAGACCCUAUUACUGUCGACAAGAUUCUCGAGGUCUUAGAGCAAUUAACUGCUAAGUGUCGUUUCUCCAGUCCAGCCAUACAAUCAAAGCGGAAUCUCAGCAUGGAUACGGACAAAAUACUCCAUGGAGUCUUAAUCAAGUUGCGGUCUUGGCAGAUCAAAUGGUUCCUGCGCGUGGUCCUGCAACAGUUCACUACUGUGGCCUUGGACGAAAAUUUGGUGUUGAGAGAAUAUCAUUUCCUCCUGCCAGAACUGUUGCAUUUCCAGAACGAUUUUGAGGCCGUAUUCGCUCUGCUCAAGGGUCCUCUGAGCUGCUACGACUCUAAGCCUGACAUCCGAGUCCAGAAAAUGUUGAGGAUGGAAGCGUCAAAACACCUCCGCCCAACAGUUGGGGUGAAAGUUGGAAGACCUCACUUCCGCAAGGCAUGGGCAAACGGGUAUGGCUCGCUGAUGACACAGGAUCGGCGGGCAUUACACAGUGUGAUUAAAGCCGCCCUUCGAGUAGGAACGCCAGGUUGUCUAGUCAAGUCGAAAUGCAUAUUACUCGGCGAGCUUGUUGUGUACAGCGAUCGAGAGCAGAAAAUCUUGGAAUUCCAUAAGAUUCGCAAGCACGUCUCCCGAUCAGGCUCGUUCAUUGGCGUUCUUCAAGACUCGCAGUGCCACGACUACGAACAUCUCAUGAUUGUGCUCUUCGAUGUGCUUCUUGUCGACGACGAUAUUACCAUGAGCCAAGGCCUACAAAUGCGCCGGGAUGUGUUGAGAAGGCUCGUAAAAUACAUCCCGGGACGAGCCAUGCGUUCAGAAUGGACAAUACUCGAUUUCAGAUCGACCGGAGCCGAGGAGUUGAAGGACCUAUUUGCACGAGCACUGGCACUCAAAUAUGAAGGCUAUAUCCUAAAGCCUGCUCUUUCCCCAUACUUUCCUCUCCAGGCCCAGCAUGAGGAAUGGCUCCCGAAUUUCUUUGUAAAAUUGAAGAAAGAUUAUCUUGCGGAUAUGGGGGGCUCCAAAGAUGUCGGCGACUUUGCAGUUGUUGGCGCUCGAUAUGACUCCAUGCUGGCGUUGAAGACUGGAAUGGACGGAUCGAUACGUUGGACGGAUUUCUAUCUUGGCUGUUUGACGAACAAGGACUCUGUUCGGUUUGGAGAGAAAAGAAAAUUCAAAAUCGUUGCCGUCAUCAAGUCGGAGAGCUGCAUCCCGAAAGCAGACCUCGCCUAUCUCAAUUCGCAUGGCCAAUUCCGCUCUAUCGAGUACCGAGAGGGUCUGGAACUUGAACCGUUCGAUAUAGUCAAGAACUAUGGCUAUGGUCGGUCAAUGGCCGUAGCGUUCAAGGAACCCUUCGUGGUCGAGGUCUUAGGAAGUGGAUAUGAUAAACCUUCUAACGAGUCAUUCUUAAUGCUACGACAUCCACGGAUCAAGAAAGUUCACCGAGACUGA